AUGGCGAGUAGCAGAACGGAGCAAGUGAAUGAACAACGUCAGCAAAUGCAGAGGCGUACAUUCUCAGAACGUCCAACUAUUGUCAUUCCCGAAUCAUUGGGAUCAGAGGUACAUAAGAAUUCGGGACCGAAACCUUGGGAUCUCGAAGUCAUACGAAACGACCGAGCAGCUAGACGAAAGGUCCAGUUCUCCGAAUCCAGUCACACCAGCUCUCGGCGCCAUCGCCAAUCGUUAGGGUCUAGAACUGAUGGCGGUAGCGACAUCAAAGAGCGCCCAGUGGCAAAUCCGUUUCUGGACCCAAUCGACAGCAUAGCGCCUGAUGAGAGUGGCGGAGUUUCGCCUCCAAGCGAGCCCGAGUUUUGCAAUAAUAUCACGGUGGUCACGCCCAACGGAACGUUUGCUGUAGCACAUUCUCCUCCGCCAAGUGUAAAGCCUCCAAAAGGCAAGUCAGAGACUCAAUAUCAAGGACUACAUCCUUUCGUCCCGGGUAAAGUGAGGCACACAACUCCGGGAGAAGUGAGUCGCAGGCACUUCACUCAAUAUGUCUACUCCAAAACGCAGACAGAUUAUGCUAUGACACACCACUACCUCUGCGAGACAAGCAAUCCGGAGGAGCCGGUAUAUUAUUACCACGAUGUAGGAGGAUACACAAGAUUGGAUCCGGAUCAUAGAUUCACGCUGCAUCUUGGGAACCAUUCCGAUACUCCUGUUCUUGGAGCGAUGUGGCAUAGCAGUUCGGGUAUGCAUUUUGCCGUUGGAAACCCUUUCAUGAACUUUAUGGAUAAAGACAACGAGAAUGUGACAACGAUUCAACGGCAGUACUGCGAUUAUCUCAAGCCAAUAUCUUCUGUUCCUUCGAGAUGGCAUAUGGACUUUACAUUUGGAGGCGGUGAUGGAGAGGGGCCGAAGAAGCAUUACAGAUGGCAGGUCGUGCAUCUUGCUGAAGCUAUUCCCCGUCUUCGACACGGUAAAUUGGAAUUACGAGAGCGGUACGAGGGAAUGUUGGAUGAGAAGGGAAAGAAGAGAGAGAAGGGCAAGUUGCUCGCCGCAUGCCGGAAUGUCGACGACCUCUGCACCAAUAUCUGGGUGCGUGAUCCCUCGGAGGAUUUCGAUAAUGAAUUGGCCAUGACCAAAUGGAAGACUUGGGUUCUUCUCACUUGGGGCGCCAUGCGUGAUAGGAUGCAAGGUCCGCAUAAUACUGGGUCUCCAUAUCAUACAAUUGGCUAUAAGAAGAGUACGAGAGUAGUUGAAAUACCUCGGAGCAGACGUCCCAUUUCUGCUACACUUUUUGGGUUGAAUUCUUCUCCGAGAACCGAGGAGAUUGAAGAGAGGAUGCUGGAUCCUGAUGAGUAUUAA